AUGGUGCGUAUGAACGUCCUCGCCGAUGCCCUCAACUGCAUCAACAAUGCCGAAAAACGAGGGAAGCGACAAGUCCUUAUCCGACCAGCAUCUAAGGUGAUUGUACGAUUUUUGACGGUAAUGAUGAAACAUGGUUACAUCGGAGAGUUCGAAAUUGUUGAUGACCACCGCGCAGGCAAAAUUGUCGUGAACCUCAAUGGCCGACUUAACAAAUGCUCUGUUAUCUCUCCCCGAUUUGACAUCAAGCUCAAGGAUAUCGAGCAGUACACCACUAACUUGCUCCCCUCCCGACAGUUCGGUUACCUCAUCCUAACUACGUCAGCGGGUAUUAUGGAUCAUGAGGAAGCUAGGAAGAAACAUCUUGGAGGGAAAAUUCUUGGAUUUUUCUUCUAA